GUACUGAUCCAGAUUUGUGAGAAUUGUUUAAUACUUCGUUCAGUCUUCGUGAGCUACGACGUACGCCGGUGCGUACAUCGUUGACGAUGGAGGCUGAAGUGACACAACGCCGUUGACAGGAAUAACCUGGCUGCCGUGGUCGAGGCCAAGGCGCACGGCGCUACCUUCCCGGCCGCCAAUGCAACACCCCUUUGAACCCCUUCAACGAAGUUGAUGGGACGUCAAUACGUCUUGGCUAUUGUGGCUCCCAUAUCCGAUGACCUUCACGAAACAGUUUCAAUACCAUACUAGGUCCCCAAGCCACGCCAGCUUUUUCUCUUCUCCCGUCCCACCACUAUCUCCCCCCUGAGGCCCUCAAACGCAGGGCCAGAGGUCCCAGACACCCAAGCCAAUUUCCUUCCUUUCCUUAUUUAUGCUUUCCUCUUCCCACUUGUUUCCAAACUUCCUUUUCUUCCUUAUCCUGCGUCUUUCUGCUGUUGUUCUCUUCGCUUUCUAUUGUCCAUUUUCAUCUUUCAUUCUUCACUUCUACUUGUUAAUAAGUCCUGCCGGUCAGUUCAAUCAUAAAGCGCUAGUCGCCUUCAGAAAAUCCACAUUCGUUCAAUUCAACUCUCAUCAUCUCCACGAAAUCAAUCAAUUUUCACUCAACCAACUUCAUCAUGCAAUUCUCAAAGAUCACCCUUGCCGCCGCGGCCCUCUACUCCUCCACCGUCUUCGCCCAGGGACAGGUCAAGGUCCAUGUGGUUUGGGUUUCCGGCAAGACCAACACUCUCACCUUCUCCCCGAACAACCUCGUCGCUGAUGUCGGCGACAUGGUUCAGUUCCAGUUCGGCGUUGGAAACCACACCGUCACCCAGUCCACCUUCGAUGCACCAUGUCUACCUCUGGGAGCUGGCACAAACGUCACCGGCAUCAGCACUGGAUUCAUGCCUGUAGCAGCUGACGCAACGACCGCUCCACUAUACACUAUUCCCAUCGUCGAUAAGACUCCAAUCUGGCUGUACUGCGCCCAGGGCAAGCAUUGCCAGAACGGCAUGGUGAUGGUCAUCAACGAGAACACCGCUAAGAACGCAUCCCGCUCCCUCGACGCCUACAUCGCUGGCGCUGCAGCUGCACCAGUCACCGUGGCACCAAGUGGAAACACCAACACUGGAACCAACACCGGCUCCAGCAACGGAUCGGACACCAGCUCCGGCUCUGGAUCUAGCACUGGCACCGAUACCACCUCUGGUACCGAUACCACCUCGGGCACCGACACCACCUCUAGCACUGAUACCAGCGCUGGCUCUGUCGGUGCUGGUUCGGGCGUCAGCAACUCUACCACCAUUCCAGGCGGCGGUGCCGGCACUCUUAACGCACCAUACUUGGCUGGUCUCGUCGCUCUCGGUGCUGCCAUGCUGCUGUAAAGUGGCGGGUCUGUGAUGGGGGUUUUGGUGUGAUAAAACAACUGUAUGACAAUUUAGAGGAGGGAAAGGGGAAAGGCCAUGGGAAGAGGCGUGCUAUAAUUUUGAGUCUUUUUUCUACACUCGUAUACCGCGGCUAUCGCGAUGGAGUAUUUGAUUUUUUAAGUAUUGAGAGAAUUGAAUGUGGAC